GUGUGUUUUUCAGAAAAAUCCGUGUUAGGAGCAAAUUUUGUGAAUUGUGUUCCCAAGUCACUGAGACGAACCUUAGAAAAAGCAUGGGAUUGCGUAAAGUGACGCUCGGAGGACAUCUUUCAUUUCUUUUUCUAUAUGUCCUAUCAGAAGUUGUUCACAUCAAUGGCAAAACACACUCAAUCAUUGAAAGCGAAAACGGUGGCGGUAUGGUUUAUUACAGCGGAACUGCCACGUCAAGGCCUGAGCCCAAAGCGCUGUAUCGAAUCAAUUGUCCCGAACAGAGUGAGUGUCUUCCACUGACAGAGUGUCCCGACCUACUGCUGGAGGCCGCCCGGCAAUGCCUUCGCGGAGAUUUCACCCUAUCUUGUGGGGUCAACGAACUGGAGCCCCACGUGUGCUGUCCACGGCAGCAAAAGUUCGACGAUCGAAACGACGUCGGAUGCGGAAAAAGCAUCGUACAAGGGGACUUCUACAACGGCCUAGGGGCAUACCCCUUCGUGGCACGGAUUGGAUUCAAAAACACGAAAACCGGAGGUUUUAUUUAUCCAUGCUCCGGUUCGAUUAUCGCACGGCAAAUUAUACUGACGACAGCACAUUGCGCACUGGCUAAAGCUGAUAACUAUCGAUUAUCAUCCGUGCGAAUCGGCGACUACGACACACGCACGGAUCCGGACUGCGGAAGUACCGGAUUUUGUGCUCCAGCAGCCAUCAAUCAUGCCGUAAGCCAAAUAAUUGUACAUCCAGACUACGUGGACGGCCAAUAUCACCAUGACAUUGCACUGCUGGUGCUGAGAACGCCAAUUAAUUAUACAGUGGCGGCCCAACCCAUCUGUUUACAUCGGAAGCGUCAAGACCUGACCGUUGGUCGAAGGGUGCAAAUAAUCGGUUGGGGAAAACUCUCGACUAGCGGAACCAAAUCACCGGAGAUGCAAUCGUUGGAGGUGCCUCUUCAGUCGUGGGACCAUUGCUCCCGAGCCUACGCCUCGACGGGUGCCCUGCAGUCAACCAAAUCGAUAGACGGAGAAUGGAUGUGUGCCGGCGGUGAAGGUCGCGAUGCCUGCCUCGGAUUCGGAGGAGCCCCGCUGAUAAUAAGAGAGCAGGGUCGCUACGGCCAGAUAGGCAUCAUGUCUUUUGGAGCUGAAACGUGCGGAGCGCUGAACAUGCCAAGCGUGUACACUUCGAUUGCGCAUUACGCGCAAUGGAUCGAGGCAAACUCCCCAACUAGCUUUUUGUGAGUCACUUCGAAAGGGAAUGCCAGUGUUAAGUGAAAAGUUACGUGUGUUGGAAAUAUUUAUAUAGAUAGGUAAAA